UUUUCUUUGAAUUUUUCUAAUAUAAAAUACAUAAGUAAAAUCAGUUUUUAUUUAACUUUUACGUGAGUAUUCAGCCAUCCGAAUUAGGUAUGAAUAACGGCUGCGUCUCACGGAAAUUGCGAGCCAUACAAUUCGGUGUGCUUUCACCGGAUGAAAUCAAGCGUAUGUCCGUUACGGAGGGCGGCAUUACACGCGCGGUUAUUGUAAAAGAUGGUCGACCAGCAUUAGGUGGUUUGAUGGAUCCGCGCCAAGGCGUUGUCGAUCGAAAUUCGCGUUGCCUUACAUGUGCCGGCAAUAUUGUCGACUGUCCCGGCCAUUUCGGCCAUAUUGAAUUGAGUUUACCAGUUUUUCACAUUGGCUUCCUAUUGAAAACUAUUAAAAUAUUACAUUGUGUAUGCUUUUCCUGCUCCAAGUUAUUGGUAUCACCAUCUAAUCCAAAGGUGAAGGAAGUACUACAACGUACUAGAGCCCGACCACGCAUGCGGCUCAGUCUUAUGCGCGAACUAUGCAAGUCCAAGACAAUAUGCGAGGGUGGGGAAAAUAUGGAUAUUGCUAUCAAUUGCACUAGCCAACGUAAAAUUUCAGACCAUGGUGGUUGCGGUCACCACCAGCCGCGCAUUACGCGUCACAAGCUGGAGCUGCAUGCCACUUGGCAGCGUAUAACCGAACAUCGAAAAGAGCGUCAAAUUAUUUUAACAGCAGAUCGUGUAUUAGAAAUUUUUCGCAAUAUUUCCGAUGAAGAUUGCCUCUAUUUAGGUAUGGAUCCACAUCACUGUCGCCCCGAUUGGUUGCUCAUUUCGGUAUUGCCAGUUCCCCCGCUCUCCGUGCGUCCAUCAGUGCUAAUAUAUGGUAGCUCUCGCUCUCACGAUGACGUAACACACAAAUUAGCAGAUGUAAUCAAGGCAAAUAAUGAGCUGAAGAAAUGCAUUGAAACAGGCGCCGCCGAUCACUUGAUUCGAGAAUGUUCGUCUCUAUUGCAAUUUCACGUGGUUACUCUGAUUGACAAUGAAAUGCCUGGAUUACCGCGUGCUCUCCAAAAAUCUGGGCGCCCACUGAAAAGCAUAAAAUCCCGAUUGAAAGGUAAAGAAGGACGUAUACGUGGCAAUUUGAUGGGCAAACGUGUUGAUUUCUCGGCUCGUACCGUUAUAACGCCAGAUCCAAAUUUAAAUAUCGAUCAAGUGGGUGUGCCACGCUCUAUUGCACAGAAUCUGACGUACCCUGAAGUGGUGACACCUUUUAAUAUUGAGCUCAUGCAAACACUUGUAAAACGCGGCAAUACCCAAUUUCCCGGUGCCAAGUAUAUAAUACGAAACAAUGGUGAACGUAUCGAUUUGCGAUUCCACCCCAAAUCCAGUGACUUACAUCUAGAACUUGGCUACAAAGUGGAGCGCCAUUUGCACGAUAAUGAUUUAGUGAUUUUCAAUCGUCAGCCAACAUUACACAAAAUGUCAAUGAUGGGUCAUCGUGUCAAAGUACUGCCUUGGUCCACAUUCCGCAUGAAUCUCUCUUGUACCAGUCCUUAUAACGCCGACUUCGAUGGUGAUGAAAUGAAUUUACAUGUGCCACAGAGCAUGGAAACACGUGCCGAAGUUGAAAAUAUCCAUUUGACACCGCGACAAAUUGUCACACCGCAAACUAAUAAGCCGGUAAUGGGCAUAGUGCAGGAUUGCUUGACGGGAGUGUGCAAGAUGACGAAACGUGAUAUCUUCAUAACACACGAACAAUUGAUGAAUUUGUUGAUGCACAUGCCGUGCUGGGAUGGUGUCAUGCCAAAGCCGUGUAUUUUGAAACCGGCUAUUUUGUGGUCGGGCAAGCAACUUUUUUCGUUGAUCAUUCCUGGAAAUUUGAAUAUGAUACGCACACAUUCGACUCAUCCUGAUGAAGAAGAUGAGAGUCAAUAUCGUUGGAUUUCGCCAGGUGAUACAAAAGUCAUGGUCGAAUACAGCGAACUAAUUAUGGGUAUUCUAUGUAAACGCACUCUGGGUGCCACCGCUGGGUCACUCCUUCACAUCGCUUACAUCGAGCUCGGCCAUCAAAUUGCUGGCGAAUUUUAUGCAAAUAUACAAAAGGUUGUCAAUGCUUGGCUGUUAAUCGAAGGUCAUAGCAUUGGUAUUGACGACACCAUUGCCGAUCCAGCCACUUACAAGGAGAUUCAAAAUGCUAUUGCCAAAGCAAAAAAUGAUGUCAUGCUGGUCAUACAGAAGGCACAUCACAUGCAAUUGGAGCCAACACCGGGCAACACAUUGCGCCAAACUUUCGAGAAUCAAGUCAAUCGCAUACUGAACGAUGCGCGCGAUAAGACAGGAGGCUCAGCAAAGAAAUCACUCACAGAGUACAAUAAUUUGAAGGCCAUGGUAAUCGCUGGUUCCAAGGGUUCUAACAUCAAUAUUUCCCAGGUGAUUGCUUGCGUUGGUCAACAAAAUGUAGAGGGCAAACGUAUACCUUACGGCUUUCGUAAGCGCACAAUGCCGCACUUCAUAAAGGACGAUUAUGGCCCGGAAGCGCGCGGUUUUGUCGAGAACUCUUACCUGGCAGGGUUAACGCCUAGCGAGUUUUACUUUCAUGCAAUGGGUGGACGCGAGGGACUCAUCGACACUGCGGUUAAGACUGCAGAAACCGGUUAUAUACAACGACGUCUCAUCAAGGCCAUGGAAUCGGUAAUGGUGCAAUACGAUGGCACUGUACGCAAUGCUGAAGGUCAAAUUAUUCAAUUACGAUAUGGCGAAGACGGACUCUGCGGUGAGUCGGUGGAAUUUCAAACACUCCCAACUAUACAAUUGUCCAACAAAGCAUUUGAGAAGCAAUUCAAAUUCGAUGUUACACAGACACGCAAUUUACGUAAAUACUUUAGCGAAGAGACAGUGCGCGAUAUAACCGAAUCCACGGAGAUUAUUGCACAGUUGGAGGUAGAAUGGGACCAAUUGUGUCGUGAUCGCGAAGCUUUGCGUGAGAUUUUUCCCACCGGCGACUCAAAAGUAGUGUUGCCAUGCAAUUUACAGCGCAUGAUUUGGAAUGUGCAGAAAGUCUUUCAUGUUGACAAACGCGCCACCACUACACUCAAUCCAUUGGACGUGAUGAAAGGCGUGCGCGAACUGCUCAAACAAUGUGUUAUUGUAGCCGGCUCUGAUCACAUUUCACAGCAGGCCAACGACAACGCCACUUUCCUUUUUCAAUGCUUGGUACGCUCCAUGCUUUGUUCCAAGGUAGUGGCCGAAGAUCAUCAUUUAACGCCAGAGUCAUUUGAGAUGUUACUUGGCGAAAUCGCUACACGUUUUCAACUCUCACAAAUUUGUCCUGGCGAAAUGGUGGGCGCACUCUCUGCCCAAUCGCUGGGUGAACCAGCCACACAAAUGACACUCAACACUUUCCAUUUCGCUGGCGUUUCGGCAAAAAAUGUUACUUUAGGUGUGCCGCGCUUGAAGGAGAUCAUCAACGUAUCCAAACGACCGCGUUCACCAUCGUUGACAGUUUUCUUAAGAGGCAAGCCAGCGCGUGAUGUCGAGAAGGCCAAAGAUGUUUUAUGUCGUUUGGAGCAUACAACGCUUAGAAAGGUUACCGCUAAUACAGCCAUCUAUUAUGAUCCCGAUCCGAUGAACACCGUAGUGCAGGAAGAUCAAGAAUUCGUUAAUAUUUACUAUGAAAUACCAGAUUUUGACCCGGGUGAAAUUUCACCGUGGCUCUUACGCAUAGAACUCGAUCGCAAGCAUAUGACUGAAAAGAAGCUCACCAUGGAACAUAUUGCAGAACGCAUCGCCGCCUCUUUCGGUGAUGACUUGAAGUGUAUUUUCAACGACGACAAUGCACCACGUCUGAUAAUGCGCAUACGCAUUAUGAACACCUCGAAUCACGAGAAUAAAUUCCAAGGUAACGAGUUGGACGAAGAGGAAGCCUCGCUCACUCGUUUGGAUGACAAUAUGUUUUUGCGCUGCAUCGAGAGCAAUAUGUUGUCCGACAUGACACUGCAGGGUAUCGAAUCUAUAUCGAAAGUGUACAUGCAUUUGCCGCAACAGACAAAUAAGAAGCGCAUCUACAUCACCGAAACGGGUGAAUUCAAAUCGGUGGCCGAGUGGCUGCUGGAAACCGAUGGUACAGCGCUCAUGCGCGUGUUAAGCGAACGAAAUGUCGACGAAACACGUACAUGCAGCAAUGACAUUUGUGAAAUGUUCACUGUGUUGGGCAUAGAGGCGGUGCGCAAGUCCAUUGAGAAAGAAAUGAAUAAUGUGCUACAAUUUUACGGUUUGUAUGUCAACUAUCGCCACUUGGCGUUACUCUGCGAUAUUAUGACGGCCAAAGGACACAUCAUGGCCAUCACUCGUCAUGGCAUUAAUCGACAACAAACUGGUCCGUUGAUGCGUUGCUCUUUCGAAGAAACGGUUGAUAUCUUAUUGGACGCUGCCGCACAUGGUGAACGCGACGCUUUGCGUGGUGUGUCGGAAAACAUUAUCAUGGGUGAAAUUCCGCGCAUUGGUACCGGUUGUUUCGAUAUGAUACUCGAUGCUACUAAAUGCAAAUCCGCUAUGGAAGUCGAUUCAAUCAAUAAUAAUAAUGCAUUGUUUUACGGUUCAAUGUUUACGCCAAAUAUAUUGCCAGGCAGUGGACGUAGUGGCAUAAUCGAGUUUUUGCCUGGUUUGAGCGAUGAUCUGACGCCACAAUCUACACGCUCCGCCUGCUUCUCGCCUCUAUCGAAUAUGAGUUCGCCCACCUUGACAGCCGAUGAUUUCAGUUGCUCACCGUAUUUAUCGCCAUCAUCAUCGUCGCUCAAAUCGUACUAUGGUGGCGCUUCGUACUAUUCGCCCAUAUCACCAGUAUAUGAGAAAGCCAUGGCUAAUUUCCCAAAUGCUUCGAGUGGUUGUGCUCAGUCGCCAUGUGGCAAUGAUUUACUAACUACCCUGAUGCGGUCACACAAGUAUUCGCCAAGCUCACCGGAAUUCUCACCAAACUAUCAAGUUUAUUCACCACAAUCAUUGUCAAAUAAUAGCACCACCUUUUAUUCGCCAGCCAGUCCUGCAAUUUCGUAUAGCAGCGUUACCGGUUCUUCGCGUUACUCACCAACCUCGCCUAGUUACUCGCCACAAACUAAUUAUUCACCUACUUCACCCUCCUAUUCACCGAUGGUUAUGAAUUCAAAGAAGGGCGGCAGUAGCUUUUCACCGAAUUCGCUAACAAGCAACAAUGACUCGCUCUAUUCACCAUCUUCACCACUGGACACCCCCGAUUCUUUAGUUGAAGACGUAUUAACAGCAUCUACUAGUGGUUCCAAAUGUGUAGAGCCUAAAAAAUAUCGUGUCACGCCAUAUUUCUUCCCUGAAAAUAACGCCAGCCCUUCAAGCAAUGCAACAUACUCACCUACAAGUCCCAUCUACACGCACUACUCACCAUCCAGUCCAAACUUUGUUGCACAAACUCCGCGUUAUUCACCCUCAACACUUAGCUACAAUCCCUCUAGUCCCAGUUACACACCCGUUAGCCCGUCAUUCUCAACAAAUUCUCCUCAAUAUUCGCCGUUAAGCCCGACAAUCAGUUACUCACCCACCAUCUCUUUGCCACGUUAUAUUCCACCACGUUCGCCACAACAAUAUUUAGCAUCUUUACUAAGCCCACGCUAUUCAAGUGGCUCCUCAGCAACCUAUUCACCAACAUCCCCAACAUAUUCACCAAAUUCACCCAAUUCGAAUCGUUACUCACCCUCCAGUCCACAAUACUCACCCGCCAGUCCCAUUUAUUCAGCCAACUCCCCCUCAGAGGUGGCUCCUUCACCACUUAGUCCUAAUAAUUAUUCAUCCUCGCCUUUGAGUCCUAUUUAUAGUCACAGUGAAUCGCCAAUGUCGCCUCAGAGCACCGACAGUCCCGCUAGUCCACGGUAUUCCCCCACCUCAAAUUAAAGUGAUGGAAUACAAAAUUGUAUUCUGUUCAACAAUAAGCGCAGGAUAAGCGAAGCAUUUACUCGUGCCAUAUGUUUAAUAUUAUUUAGUUUAAUAUAAUUUUGGUGUAUUUUAA